GAGCACGAAUCUACUCACAAAGCUGAGCAUGGGACCACUGGCAAACCUAAACACGAACCCACCCACAAGGCUGAACAUGGUGCCACAGGCAAGGUUGAGCAUGGCGCUACAGGUAAACCCGAGCACGAAUCCACUCACAAGGCUGAGCAUGGUGCCACAGGCAAGGCUAAACACAGUGCCACAGGAAAACCAGAACACGCUGGCACCGGUAAACCUAAACACGAAUCUACUCACAAGGCGGAGCAUGGCGUCACAGAUAAACCAGAACAUGCUUCUACUGGCAAGGCUGAACAUGGUGCGACUGAUAAGCCAGAACAUGGUGCCACUGGUGAAGCUGAACAUGGUGCCACUGGCAAACCUAAACACGAACCCACCCACAAGGCUGAACAUGGUGUUACAGGGAAAACAGAACAUGGCGCCACCGGUAAACCUAAAGACGGAUCCACCGACAAGGGUGAGCAUGGUGCCACUGGUAAACACGCGCAUGGUAGCACUGGUAAAGCGAAACACGGUACCACUAGUAAACCAGUACACGGUGCUACGGGUAAGCUACAACACGCUGCAUCAGACAAGCCGGCACACCAUGCUUUAGGUCCACACAAGGAAUGUAGUGACGGCUCAUCUUCAUCGGAAUCCAGUGAUGAUGACGAUACGGUACACAAACCACAUAGUUCAAAGGAUUCUAAAGCCCCUGGUUCGCGCCGAUCUCCAUCACCCCAUCAUGCUCAAGGGAAACCAGAUCACCCUGGUAAUCAUAUUGGUCGAAUUAUUACAAGUUCAUCGGGCGGAGGGUUUGGUAAAGACGGCCGUUUGGAUGCUGAGUGUUCUCAAUGUGCGUUGCGAGAGAUAUUUUCUACGUUCGUUCUUCAUGGUGUGACACUUGAAAAAGUCUCUCACGACUUGAAAGGAGAGUUUGUUGAAAAUUUCAAACAAGCUUUGACGAAAGAAGUCCGUAAACAUCAUGGUAAAGGCUUGGAAUCAAUUCAAGUGACAAGUUUAAGCACGCAGAACCGUGACAGUUUGGUUGUUGAAUUUGUUUGUACGGUCAGCCCUCAACACAAUCGUGCGAUAAAUAUUGCUAUACGUCGUGCUCUUGUAUCUGAUGAACUUCAACAAGCACUUGAAGGCAAACAUAAACGCAAGUGA